AUGGCUGCCACCACCGCUGUCUCGUCCGCUGUCGCCAGGUCUUCCUUCCUGGGAGCGCAGACCUCCUCAUUCAGGGGGGAUGCUGUUGCCAGCGCACCCGCAGCGGGGCUCCCCUCUCUCAGGAGGAGCCUGUCUGUGAGGGCUAACAGUAACAAGAACGUGUCCAACAAGCCAAAGGCUGCCCAGGGUGCUCAGAGGUUGGUCGGAUACAAGGGCUCCACCAUGCCUGGGAGCGCCCCCACACGGAGGGACGGAAAGCCCGGAGUUGUGUUCAGACUGAAGGGCGAGACUGGCAAGGAGAACGUGGACGAGUACUCCCCCAUCUUCACCCCCGAGAAGUGGAGCACCACUGGCGACACCUACGCCCCUGGACUUGCUGGCAUCGCCCUCUGGGCCGCCACUUUCGUCACCGUCAUUGGCGGAGCUGCUUUCCUGGUCAUCAACACCUCCGCCCUCGGAGCUUAA